AUGGAUUCUUGGCGACAACCAAAAAUAAACAUCCACAAACCACAUAAAAGCCCAUGCGGACUCUUCUCCUUCAGUCCUCAUCAGCAGUCCCCCACGAUGAAGUACGUCUUAGCAAUCUUAUCAGCCAGCGUGUUGUCCCUGGCAGCCUCACCACCCUCGCCGGCCUCACCACCGCCCUACAUCAAAGGGUGUUCCCUCAAGAAAUCAGAUCUCGACAAAUGCGCCGUCGAGCAAGCCAAUUACGCCCUUCCUUUUGUGGUCAAAGGAGAUAAGGAGAGAAAUGUGCCCAAAAUGAACCCUCUUGUUCUGCCACUACUGGAGCUCAUUCAGGAGAACAAGUGGCGGCUGGCCCUCAAGAACUUCCACAUUUACGGGCUGGAGAACAUCACGGUUUCGAACGUCAAGGUGAGCAAGUCGAACUUGAAGUUUACGCUUAACGUGGACAAUUUGGACAUGAAGUCGGACUACGAAAUGGACGGGAGACUGAUUUUUUUGAAUUUGGAAGGAUCAGGACCUAGUUUUUUCAAAUUUGUCGGGGGUAGCUACACUUUUGACGCGCCACUAAGUUCGUACAAAAGCAAAAACGGAAAAAAUUACUUCCAGUAUAAUAAACCUACUAUGGAAUAUACGGUAAAAAGAGUGCACCUCCAGUUUGAUAAUCUUCUUAACAAGGAGUUCAACAAUACAGGGGUUAGUCCGAAUAAAAUUCUGGACGACAACUGGGACGCCGUUAUGGAAGAUAUUGAUGUGCCUUUCAAGGACGUGGUUACCACGGUGCUCCAGGGUCUCGUUUCGUCGGUUAUGGAUGAUAUUCCCGAAAAAAGUAUGUUCCCGGAGUGAUGGGGUGAUGUUGUUGUUCGUUGUUGAUAAUAAAUUAUUUAUUUGUUAUAA